UACCAUUUAAUCUCUAAUAAUACAUAAAGUACAAGUACAAGUACCUCACAGCUGUAGUAUUUAUGACUCAGCUGUACAUUCAAAUGUUUUGUUGAUUUUAACAUGACAACAAUGAUUCAGUCGAGUUCUUUGUGUGUUUAUAUGUAGCCAGGCGAAGUGGGGGUAGGAAGGUUUUUGUACUGUCCCUGAUAGAUAUGACUUACAUGCAGGGUUAGUGACAGUAACAGAUGCUGCUUUUAUUUUAGGCGUACUGUCACUUUAAGAGAAUGAAGCGUGAGCUACGCGAGAGCACGGUGUUCACGUGAGAUGUAGAAAUACAGCGCGGGAAUCAGAGGCUGCUGAGGACCGAACGUUAGCUUUUAGCAUCCAGACUGAACUGAAGGGAAAGACCUGAACGACGGGUCAGCGUAAGUAGCGGGAGAAGUUACUAAUGAAUGCUGAAUCACCUUGUAAUGGGGCUUGUUAACUGUUUAGAGACAUGGUGUUGAGUUGUAUGUAUCUGCUUCAUUGAGAGGGGAGACAGAAGCCGUGAGUUCCAGGUGUGUGGGUCCGAGCUGGUGUGGGAGUGAGUUCAUUAUUUUCUUUAACAAUAAUUGUGUUCCUGUGAAAUAAAUGCCAUCUACAUAUCUCAGAGUUGGACAGCAUGAGACUGAUGCAGAGGUUCUUUGUUUCUGCUUAGCAGGAGUAGGUCACUACUGUUGUUUUUCUAUGUAGCUGUAGAAUAUGUUUCCAGUUGUCAGUCCUGUUGUAUUGUAAUUCUGAAGAGAGUGGGAAGCAAGUGUUUCAUUUUGCUGUCAAUUGUUCUGUACCUUUUUAAAAUUUGACCAAUUAACGCUGUACUCAAGAGUGCAGUCGGGGGAAAUAAAAGACCCACAUAAAAUAUAAAUGUAUCUUAGUGUCUGGUCUCAUCCUUUUAAUUAGGCUACAUAUACUAUUUAUUAGAUAUCUGCUUAUUUACCUGUCUGUGUGUCUCUUUGUGGACAGACAGCCCCCUGUAGCUAACAGCCUGUCUGUCUCUGUGUUGUGAACUGUUAUUUGUGUUUUUUAUUCAUUAAAUUCCUUCCUGCAGCAGGCAGCGUGUGGGACAUCAAGCGCACACACACACACACACAUCUCUCCAGUGACCUAAUGAACCAUCCUGACUUCAACCUGUGGCCCUUGGCCCUGAAGAGGCCCCGUCUGAAGGGUCACACUUGUGUUUCUGCUUUUAUUUUGAAUGUUUGGCUUAUUUUAUUGUGAAAAGACUUUCAAGAGACAAAUAAAAACCAGGAGAUCAUGAAGUAUUUAUUUUCCUCACUUUGUUCAUGAUGUCUGGGACAGAGUACUUCUAUGUGAGACAAAGUAUUAGUAGUAUAGAGGGACAGAGUACUUCUAUGUGAGACAAAGUAUUAGUAGUAUAGAGGGACAGAGUACUUCUAUGUGAGACAAAGUAUUAGUAGUUCAGAGGGAUGGAGUACUUCUAUGUGAGACAAAGUAUUAGUAGUUCAGAGGGAUGGAGUACUUCUAUGUGAGACAAAGUAUUAGUAGUUCAGAUCUAAAGUUACUAGUUCAACACAUGAUGGCGAUAUUGCGUUAUUUGUAUUUUCACUGGAUUUCAAUAAAGUUGUUUCAAUAAAUCCCAUGAUGCAUCGCGAGGUCCGUUGCCAGGAUACAGCUCCUAGUAGCUAACGUUAGCUGCUAACAGACUGACGGAGAUAAACAAACGGAAGUCGGACUGUUAGAGGAACAUUAACGACAUUAAACCAGAGUCCUUUUCCUCUCUGUACGAGCGUCUCUCCGUUAAACCGGGUGUUUGUUCUCUGACGGUUAAAAUCUUCCGGUGCUCCGGUUUGUUGAUGCUAGGUGGCUUAUCGGUAAACGGCCCAAACUGGAUCCGUUAUCGUCCUAUGGAGCGGGCUGACAUUAGAGACUCCAGUCUGCUGAAGAACCAGCCAUACGACGAGAGUCUGGAGGUGAUCGAGUCAGAGGAGGUAGAGAGCGACCACAGCCCGACACCUCGAGGCCAGAGUCGGGUAACACCACAGAGGAGCAGGGAGCGUAGCCUGAUGUCGGCCAAUAGUGAUGAGUUUGACGAGGACCUCGAGUCCCAGAGGGCCAACGAGCUGACGGGGGGGCAGGAGGAAGAGGAGGAGGACUCUGAUGAAGAGGACUCUGACGAUGACCCCAGUGAGUCUCCAGAGGGGGUCUACGACCCCUCGGUCUACGCCAACCUGCCUGUCAGCACCGAGAUCAAGGAGCUGUUCCAAUACAUCACACGCUACAGCCCUCAGACCGUAGACCUGGACCACAGCCUGAAGCCCUUCAUCCCAGACUUCAUCCCGGCGGUGGGGGACAUCGACGCCUUCCUCAAGGUUCCGAGGCCGGACGGUAAAGGGGACGGUCUGGGUCUGAUGGUCCUGGACGAGCCCAGUGUGAAGCAGUCUGACCCCACGGUGAUGUCCCUGUGGCUGUCUGAGGACAGCAAGCAGCACGGGGCCACAGAGCUGAAGAAGGUGACGAGUGUCCCCGGUCCUCAGUGUAACCCCCGUGCGGUGGACAGCUGGGUGGAGAGUAUCUCUGCUCUGCACCGCUCUAAACCUGCGGCCAGCGUUCAGUACGCUCGCUCGAUGCCGGACAUCGACAGCCUGAUGCAGGAGUGGCCGUGUGAGCUGGAGGAGCAGCUGGGACGCCUGCAGCUGCCGCCGGCUCGACUCUGCUGCAGCGCGGCCGAGUACGCCGACACCGUGUGCGCCCUGCUGGACGUCCCGGUGUACAGGACCCGAGUCCAGAGUCUGCACCUGCUGUUCAGCCUCUACCUGGAGUUCAGGGACUCCCAGCACUUCACACACAGAGAAUAGAAGCGUGUGUUCGUCCUCGUCCUCUCCUGCCGUCUGCAGGGAGGUGCUGUAUGUGGUGGACUUGCACCGUUACAGCAGAGACCAGGGGUCCUCUGUCUACUUCCCCCAGGCUGUCCUCAACGGUAAGACACUGGGGACAAACUAAACGAGACAAACUCAACGAGAUGGGACAACCGAAACGAGACAAACUAAACGAGAGGGGACAAACUAAGCGAGGGCACAAACUAAACGAGAGGGGACAAACUCAACGA